AUGAAGGAGUCCCUGGUGGCGCCAUCGUCUCUGGCAGGGCCACUGGCAUCGCUGCCCCCCACCCCCCUCCUAAGGAGGGCUCCCGGGGGUUCCGUUGCCCCUAGGAGGGCCCGAGGGGGCGCUACCGCCCCUGGGAAGGCUCUAGGGACCCCCAAGGCGGUGGCACCCCCAAGGAUCCUUCCAGGGACGCCGGCUCCCCCCGGGACCUUCCCAGGGGACGGUGCCACCACAGGAAUCCUACCAAGGUUCCCAGGGGACCUAUGGAAUGCUUGUUCAUUGUGGGUCCUACAGGUCUGGCGCUCCCAGAGCCCUCCUAGGAGCGGCGUCGCCCCCAAGGGCCAUUUCAGGGGUGGCAGCACCACCAGGGACCCUCUACCAGGGGUGGUGGCAUUCCCAGGGUCCUACACAGGGGCGCCACCAGGGAUACCUUCAGGAACAUCGGCGCUCCCAGGGACCCUCUUAACGGCGACGGCGGCGGCCCCAGUGACUCUCCCCCAAUGGCACCAGCGCGUUCGGGACCCUUCCAAGGCCGGCGUCGCCCCCAAGGACCCUAACAAGGUCCUUCCCAAGGGCGGCGGUGCCCCAUUUACCCUCCCAGGGGCGGUGGCGUCCCCAAGGACCUCUCAGGGGCAGCAGCGGCCCCAGGGACCCUCCCAGGGGCGGCAGCGCUUCCAGGGACCCUCUAAGGGACGGUGGGAAAAUUAUAUAACUUUCCCAGGGGACGUGACGCCCCCAGGGGCCAUCCUAGGCCCCUCCCAGGGACAGUGGCACCCCCAGGGACACUCAGGGACAGCAGAACCCACAGGGACCCCCACGAGCGAUGGCGCUCCGAGAGUUCUAAAUAGUGCAAAAACUACCGCACCCAAGGGUCCUACAGAUCUGGCGCUCCCAGAGCCCUCCAAGGAGCGGCGUCCCCCCCAAGUGCCAUUCCAGGGGCGGCAGCAACCCCAGGGACCCUCUCCCAGGGAUGGUGGCAUUCCCACGGCUUUACACAGGGGCGGCAGCGCCCCUAGGGGUGGUGGCGCCACCCAUUGCAUAGGAGCCACCAGGGACCCUCCUAGAGGCAGUGUUGCCCCAGGAACACCGGCGCUCCCAGGGACCUUGUCAAGGUCGGCGGCGCCCUCAUGGACCCUCCCAGGGGUGGUGGCGCACCCAGGGACCCUUUAA